GAGAAAACGGGCACGUGUCGGUCACCAGGAAGAAGGCUCGAUUCAUGAGUAUAUAAACCGGGAGCCGCGGUAGCCGGGGGGAUAUCUGAUUUCAUCGGCAGCCAGCGGCGAUUUCGGAGGAGAAAAUCAACAGAUAUUACAAUGAACGGCCACUGGGAUCGGACGGCAGAGAACAGAAGCCCAUAAGAUAGAUCGGACGACGGAAAGAAUGUCUAGGUGUCCGUACGAAAGCAGUGAGAUGAGAUUUUAUCUUCGGAGUUUAACUGUGCAGGUGUAAGCAGAAGAAGCAGAAAAAAAGGAAAAGAGCGAAAAAUAUAAAAAGAAAAAGAAAAAAAGAAAAACCGCCUUGGAAACAAGCGAAACCCGCGCGCGUCUAUAUUUCCGUGCUCGGGUUUUAAUCUCCAAAAAGAAAAAAAAAGGAUUUUUGGAAAAAUAAAAAUAAAAAAGAAAUUGAAAAAGCCCGGAAUUUGCCGUUCCAUAAAGGGCGAAACCGAAGCCGCUGUUUUUCCAAAAGUAGAGACAGAAAAGCGCACCCCCGGCGUAAAGUAGCAUGCGGCCAUGUCUUGGAAGCGCCGCAGUUGCAGCCACGAGCUUGUAGAAGAACCUGACGACGAAGACGAAGACGACAACGACGAGUGGCUGGAGCUCGGGCUCGGGACUGGGAACUCGAGGACGAGUCCGAGUCCGAGUCCGAGUCAACCUAGACCUGACUCGCUCCCGAGCCGGGGUCCUGACCUGGGGUUGGAGCUAGGGUUAGGGUUUGGGGAUGAUGAUGAUGAUGGAGGUGGUGUCAGGAGGAGUGGAGCAGGUUUGUGUCUGGCGCCACCAGCGCACUUUAAUCAUGGCCAUCAUCACCAUCACAUGGUGCUGGGGCAACAUGGGUCAUGCUCGGCAUCAUUGCCAUCAUCAUCAUUACCAUCAUCGCCAUGGCACAUGGAUUUGGCUGGCCCUUUCAACGGGGAGGUGGUCCCGCGGACCGGGAGUGGUCCGUGCGGGCGGAGACCGGGAAGUGGGGUCUGGUUCUGCCUCCGUACCUCCGAUAGCCGGAGAUUGGGGGGUGAAGCAUUACCACAAAUACCCAAGGCUUAUAUUAGAGUGAAAGAUGAAAACGUGACGAUUUUCAUGGUCAAGACAUAUCUGAUUAGAAAGCUCGGUCUCACGAGCGAGGCUGAGAUUGAUAUUUCAUGUAUGGGGCGGAAGCUAUCGCAUUCACAAACUCUAAAGCAUGUGCGAGAUGCUGUGUGGCUCCCCGGAGUGAUCGAAUUGUUAAACAGAACAUCGUCAACAGAAAACGAUCAUGUGUCGCUGGAUCAGUUGAUGUCUUUGUGUUACGAAAGGCGUUACUUCUUCGGCUAACAUUUUUUUUUUUUCCUUUCCAUAUAUUUUUUUUUCUUUUUCAAAGUUCAGUAUGGUAUUUUCAUUUUCAAUCUUCUUGAUGCCAUCGAUCAAUGUUCAUUUUCAAUAUAUUUUGGCUGAAAUCAGGAUGGGUUA